GUAGUUCUAUUCGUAGUUUCAUAACGACAAGUUGGUUUACUAUUUGGUUUCUCUUUGUUUUGAGAGGAGGUAUUUUGAAAAAGAAAACGUUCGCAGUGACACGCGUCUGAAGUUUUGUUUCUGGUAAAUAUGAAUCCAUUAAUAAACACAUUGCAUGUGGCCAGUUUAGGAGCAAUACGGCUCUGGCGAACAUUUAUGUACAUUGUUGCUUAUAUCGGAUUAAAGCCAUGCAAAGCAUUUAUAAUCAAGUUACUUAAUACCUCUGGAGCAGGACCGAGUGGUAAGGCACCGCAUAAUAUUGUGAUACAUAACGAUUGGUUAUUCCAUCGACUGAUGUACGAUGCAACGUUGGGAUUUGGCGAAGCUUAUGUGGAAGGAUGGUGGGACUGCGAAAAGCUUGACGAAUUUUAUUACAAAUGUUUCAUGGCAGACGUAUAUCGAAAAAUGCUGCUUCCCUGGGACCAUUUAAUUUACUACCUUAAGUUCCAUGCGUUCAAUUUACAAACUUUAGGGCGUAGUCGAGAAGUUGCUGAUAAACAUUAUGAUACAGGCAAUCAUCUCUUCAAAUCUUUCUUGGAUAAAAAUAUGAUCUACAGCUGCGCGUACUGGAAAGAUGCAAAAAAUUUGGACGAAGCACAACUGCACAAAAUGGACCUUAUCUGCCGAAAACUUAAACUGAAGCCGGGAAUGCGAGUUCUAGACUUGGGAUGUGGCUGGGGGGGUUUGUGUAAAUUUCUUGCCGAGAAGUACAAUGUUGAAGUGGUAGGAGUAACUAAUUCUAAAGAGGGCGCUGAAGAUGCUCGUGUUCGCUGUAAAGGUCUAAAGGUGGAAAUUCGCGUACACGAUUAUCGAGAAGUUAAUGAAGUCUUUGACCGAAUUGUUAUCGUGGGGUUUUUUGAGCAUGUUGGACGUAAGAAUUAUCGAUCGUUCUUCAAACUUGCACAUCGAUGUUUGACAGACGACGGUAUCUUCUUGCUACACACAAUUGGUCACGACAAUGACAGCACUCCACCAAUGGAAUUGUUUUUGGAGAAAUACAUAUUCCCGAAUGCAAUUAUGCCGAAUCACAAAGAUAUUCCUAAAGCCAUAGACAACUUGUUUUGCAUCGAGGACUGGCACAACUUUGGGCCAGAUUAUGACAAGACAUUGGUGGCUUGGAAUGAUAAUUUCGUCAAAAACUGGACCACAAUCAGUCACAUGUACGAGAACCCGGAAGCCACAUACCGCAUGUGGACAUAUUAUUUCCUUAUGUGUGCCGGGCUUUUCCGAGCGCGUAGAGGUCAAUUAUGGCAAAUCGUAUUAACGAAAGGUCUUGAAGGUGGAUAUAUUUCCGUUCGCUAAAUUUCGAUAAAAUGAAAUU